AUGUCCUCAAGGAUUUAUUUGAUUCGCCAUGGAGAAACGGAGUGGUCUCUGAACCAGCAGCACACUGGCUCCACCGAGGUUCUUCUUACGUCAAACGGCGAGAAGCAGGCCCAAAGAACCGCGGAGACUUUCGUCGGGGAUGGGAAGCUGAUUCAACCAAAAAGGAUCAAGCGGAUAUUCUGUUCACCUAGGAAGCGAGCACGUCAAACGCUUCGGCUAUUGGGCUUGGGGGACGAAGAUGAACUAUCAGUCUCUGGUUUGACGUCAUCUGAAACCCCUUCCGUGAAGAUCACUGAGCUCUUGCGAGAAUGGGACUACGGGAAUUACGAAGGUUUGACAAUCGAAGAGGUCCGAAAGUUGAGAAGGUCAAGGAAUUUGGAUGAAGUCCGGCCAUGGAAUAUCUGGAGGGACGGAUGUGAAGGUGGGGAGUGA